AUGAGAACGGUGCAAAGGGCGGUCGCCAGGCCUCAAUUAGUCUCGUCGCUCGUCCGAGGCCGCCCAUUGGCACCUAGGCGGUCACACCCUCGUCCUUUUUCCCAGCAAUUUGGACCCGCAAGCAACAUACCAGGGGUCGAUCAGGACGAGGAAGAACCGUCAAAGCCCUCGAAGUCGGAACCAGAGCCCAAAAGCCGCCUGGGACCGACCUUUUCCAGAGCGUUUGAGGCGGCAAUGACAACAUUUGCAUCAAUCGCCGUUCUUGGCUUGGCUGGUUACUCGUACCACGUUUACUACAAAUCUCUGGUGCUGCGCAAGAUAGAAAAGGCCUUUGAACCGGGCGACCCUAUGUUGGAGCUUGCAUCACCAGCAGAGCCCCACGCCGCUCCUCGAGAACAACCAGUCGAUGACACUGAGCACUGGAUUGCCCGCCCCGAGCAGGCCAAGAUCAACACCAUUAUUAACGGGGAAUCAAAAGGCAGAUAUUAUCUCCUUAUUGGCGAAAAGGGUACCGGAAAGUCUUCCAUGCUACUAGAAGCAAUGAAGGAGAAGAAUGGGGAGGGAGUGUCAAUGUUCGAAGCUCACGCCGACCUUGAAAUCUUCCGCAUUCGACUCGGAAAGGCGCUGAACUAUGAGUACCACGAAGAUUAUAUCGGGUCGUUAUUUUCAAUACGCGGGCCACGGGACACCACCGCUCUGCUUGACAUUGAACGGGCGUUCAAUAAGCUCGAAAAAGUCGCUUUGGCGCACAGAAACCGAAUGGGCAAACCGGGUCGGAAAGGCCCUCUGAUUCUCAUCGUCAACAGCGCCCAUCUGAUCCGCGACAAUGAAGACGGGAACGACCUGAUCGAACUGAUGCAGCAACGUGCUGAACAGUGGGCCGCGGCAAACCUUAUCACCAUGGUCUUCAAUUCCGACGACUUCUGGGUCUAUGAACGCCUCCGACGCUACGCUACGAGAAUGGAGGUGAUUCCAAUCCUGGAUCUCCCAAAGACUCGCGCGAUUGCUGCGUUGGAGAGAUACCGCGCUAGAUACUUCCCGGAACAGAAACGUGAUCCCGAGAUCCUCAAGCAGGUGUACGACCUGGUGGGCGGUCGCCUUAACUUCCUCAACAGGGUCGCCAAAAGCUCCGACAUGCUGAAAAUGUGUCGACAAAUCAACGAAGCAGAGAAGACAUGGUUCCUGAACAAGUGCGGUAUCCUCGGCGAGGAAAUGGACGACGACGUGAUGGACCAGCAGAAGUAUGCCAGUGCAGCUAUGGUGCUGGCAAAGGCACUUGUGGACAGAGAAAAAGACAUGGAGUCCAGUUACGACGACGAGCAUGGGCAUAUUUUGCCACAAAUCCCUCUCUACGUUGCUCGCCAAAUUAUGACCCGAGCGGAUUUUAUCCAAAGCUACGACCACGAGAAUAUCUUCACCAUUGACAGCAGGGCCAUGGUCCGAGCCGACAGCGUGCCCAUGAUGAACGCAUUCAAGGAAAUCUGUGCGGAGCCAGGGUUCAACGACUAUCUGGAAGCCACGCUCGACCGGAUCUCGGCCAUUGAAAGUAUCAACAGAACCAAGGAACUCACAUUCAAAGAUUUAUGGAUUGAACAGAAAGGAGAGCAGAGGGGCAAAUACUCGUUUGUAACGAAAGAUGCUCGGGGCCGAGAGACUGGGACUAUUGAAAUGAGAGUGCAUCCAGACAAGCCGCCCGAGGAAGAUGACGACUGA